GUUGUCUACGUAGUACCACAAAACAAUUAUAAAAAUAUAUAUUUUAUAUAUCUGUGCAUAGUACAUUCUACAUUUACAAUAUUGUUAUCAAUUGAACACCUAAUCUAUGUAUUCCAUUUCUCAAAUCACAGUAUUUACCAUUUCCAUCUUCCAAUUUCCAUUGACAUACACCCCAUUUAGUUCUUAAUUAUUUAUUUAAAUUAAUUAGUAGGUACAUAGAAUGAUAAUACUGAAAAGUUGCACUGAAUAGAAUAAUCACAGAAAAUAUAUUUCUAUUACCUUAUAAGUUAUAACCUAUACCUACACUAUAAUUGUUUAUAAUAUUUGUUUGUACUCUAGUAGGUAAUUAUAUUCCCAAUUUUUAGUUUUUGAUGAAUACAUAUAUUUAAUGUAAAUACUUCAAAUACUUAUACUUAAGUCUGAAUAAAUAUCAAAAAUUAAUAAUUAUUAAUAACAUUAAAGUCGAUGAAGAAUUAUUGAUCUAAUAUGGAUAAUAAAGGUAAGUCAAAAAUAUAUUUAUUGAGUUAUUAAUAAGUUUAGAUAAUAUUUGUUAUUAUAUUCUUUAAAUUGAGAAAUAUUUAAAUACAAAUAUGUACAAUAUGUUUUAAAAUGCUUAUUUGCAAGGCCGGAUUUAGACUUUCAGAUGCGAGGGGCAUAUCUUUUUUUGAGGCCCUAAGCGGUAAAAAUUUAACAAUACCCAAUAUCUAAGUAGUUAAUAAAAAUAUUUAAAAUUUGCAAACUUGCUUGUUAUAACUAUCUACCAUAAAUGUGUUUAUUUUCAGUUUUAAAUACUGCUGUUUGUGUAUCACAAAUUUUAAUAUAUCAAUGUUACAAUGAUUAUAUUAAACCUUCAUAAUUUUAAGAGUAAAAAUAAGUAUAAAAACUGCUGACCACUGGAACGUUUGUACCUAAUACCUACGUACUAAAAUAUUUUGUGUUCACUGGGUGUCCCAUUGCCAUUAUGUUGUCACGUGAAAUUUUGACUUAUUAAUUUGCAGCUCAAAUCAUAAAUACAAAUCAUUCUUUAUUUUUAGUAAUUGUCUUUAUUUUUUUUCAUACAUUUCCUAAACCAAGAGUAACAAAGUUUUAAAUUUUUUAUUUAGUAUUCCGACAUUCAGACUUCCCAAACAUCUGAUGCCCAGGGCAAGUGCCCUUAAAACUCUCCGUCAAAUACGGCCCUGCUUAUUUGACACUUAUAAUUAAUAAAGUUAUAUCUAUUUAGUUUAUUUGAUUUGUAUGAUACACUACUUAGAUUCUAAAUAGUUCUAAGUCUUGAAUAUAUUUAUAAUAGUUAUUUUAUUGGUUUAAAAACAAAUACUGCAUUGACAAUUAAAUUGUUGAUAUUUCAGUAAUCCUAUUUUUUUUUUUUUUAGGUCAAGAAAAAGAAGAUCAAACUAGAUUGAGAUUUCAAGUUGAACUUGAAUUUGUUCAAUGCUUAGCUAAUCCAAAUUAUUUAAACUGUAAAUAUUUGUCUUUUAAAUAUAAUUGAUUAACAAUGGUUUGUAAUUAUUUAAACAUUCAGUUUUAGCUCAACGUGGCUACUUCAAAGAUCAAGCGUUUGUUAAUUAUUUAAAAUAUUUACUUUAUUGGAAAGAACCAGAUUAUGCAAAAUUUAUUAAGUAAGUGUUAACUAAUUAUUUUUAAAACUAGUAAGUAAUAUUUUGGACAGCUAGAAUUAAAGGGUACAGGGCUUGUCAUAAUGUAAUUUUCGGGGUUUCGGUACAUUUUUCCUCAUCAAUUUUAAUGCCCCUUUAAAAAAUACUUAAAUAAACUUAACAUAAAACAUAUAAUACAUGCUUGUAGUUUAUUAAAUUUUGAUUGAAACUUUACAUGAUUUUUAUGAUUACCCAAUAAACAUUUUUGAUAAUGACACAUAGCACUUAUAAAUGUAUUUAAAUAUAUUUGAGUUGAACAAUUUUCAUAUUUUCUAAAAUGUUGAGAUAAUAAAUACUACCACUUAAUACAGCACAUUAUUUACUUGAACUACAAUAAAAUGUAGGUCCAUACUCAUGGCAAAAUUAGUUUGACAAAAAUUUUGUAAUAAUUUAAAAGCAGGUGAAUCAUGUGCAACAAAUUGUUUAAUUAAGGGCCUGAUUCUGAUAACUAGAAUCAAAAAUCUAUGUUUGUUUUAGAUAAAACUAAUCAAUUCAAGAAGAAAAGUUUUCUAAGAAAAGUUAAUCUCAAAUUUUUUAAUAGGGAUUGGUCCUGGAUUUUGUUAAAGUUUGAAGAUCGUUAUAUAGUUGAGACUCAAACCUGUAAAUAUAUUAAUUUUUCAUCAGAAUUUUUGUUAUUAGAAUAUCUUUUAUCUAAACCUAUUGUUUUAAAGUUGGUGUUACUUAUUAUUUUAUUUAUGUAAGUUAUUUUAGAUGAUUCUGAGCGGAACGAGAAUUUUAUUGGUUUUAAAAUGAUGUUUAUUUUAAUUUAUUCAAAGUAUCAAGUAUAGCAUUUUUCCGGGGUGCUACUUUAGGGAUGUAACUUUUUGAUUUCCCCAGGGGUUUUCAUAAUAAAUGGGAAAAUGUACAAAAAAAAAUGUUUUUAUAAUUUUAAAUCUUAUUUUUUUGUUUUGUUGUAAUUCAGUUUAAAAUAUUCAAAUACUCGUAAAGGCUUGAAAUUUAAACAUCAACCUUAUUUUUGCCUUGUAUAUAUGUAGUCAAAUUUUCAAAAUUUUUGAGCAAUUUUUGAUCUUUUAUAGACAUUUUAAUUUUGUGAGUUUUUGUGUAAUAUUUAUUUUGUAAGUACCUACUCUGUGGAUACAAUUAUUAGACCAAACAGCAAUGCUUGAAAGUUCAACAGGAGAUUCAUUAUAAGUUGUACUUAGUGGAAAAUAAGAAAAAGUUGAGUUAAUGUAGUAUUUUUUUUUUAACUUUUUAAAAUAUGUUAAACUAAACCCUGCUUAGAAUGGUUUUUUGUUAGUAAUGAUUAAUCAUUGUAUACAGAUUUACAUUAAAUUCCCCUCCAUAUUCUACUCUCCCAACUUUUCACCUACAACAGUGACCCACCCAUGUAAAGUAUGUCCAUCUUUUUUUAUAGUUAUAUUUUAAUUUAUAAGAACAAAGGAUCAAAUAUUAUGUACACGUAUUAAGUUUAUAAAACUAAUAAUAUAAAUUAUUGGAAUUCCAAUGUAUGAGUUUGAAAUUUAAAGUUCUAAACAAAUAGUGUGAAUAAUCUCUAUUUUAAAAUCAUUAAUUAUACUGUCAUAUGGCAUAAGUUUGGACGAUUUUUAAGCUAUUUUAUUCAUUAAGAAUUCAUUUAUAGCUUAAUUCAAAUUAUUCUGAUGUCAAUACUUCUAAUACACUAUAGGAAAAACAUUUUUAAAUAUUUCGAUUUUGCUAACAUAAAAUGCAUACAUAUAACUGUCCAAAAUUACCCCUCAUUUGUUAUAACUUCAAACACCCCAUUUAUUUUACAUGUUAUUCAUAUAAUCAAACAAAUUUGGAAAAGUAAAAUUUAGGUUUGGACACUAUAGUAUAUUUUUAAAAAAAUGUUUUCUAAAAAAAAAUGUUUAAUAUCAGAAAUUAUUGUAAUUAUUUUUUUAUUAUUAUUUAUUUUAAAUUUAUCCACGGUCUAUACAAUUUUGUAUAGUUAGUAGGUUUAAUAUAGGACAAAAAAAAAAAUUAAUUAAUGUAUAAUCUUCAGAUUAGAGAGAUUCCCCCUGUUAAUGGUAAUAUCCAACAAAGUGACAGUGAGAAAUGGAUAGGAAAAAAAAAUAUGAAUAUUUUUAAUAUCACCUUUCUCGACAAAAACAGUUUAUUAAAACAUAAAAUAGAUAUGAUAUAAUAAAACAAUAUUAUACAACAUUUUGUAUAAUCUUUGUAUACAUCUUCACAUGAUCUUAUCAUGCGUAUCAUACUUCAUCUUGUGAUUAUGUUUUUUCGCAUUUCUAAUUGGUAUGUUUAAACUAAAAACAAUAAAUAAAAAAAUUGAUUGGAAAUCAAUAACACGUGCCACUUUAGUACUUUAUACUUCUUUUUAAUGUUUAACAUUCUGAUCUAACAUCAACUGUGAAUGAUACGGAGUAAAUAGAUACAAACGGGCACGUGCUGUCCACAAAGUAGCCAAUUGUUUUAUGACACAUUUAAUCACAAAUUUUUUUUUUUUUAACGAAUGAAAUAACAAACUUUCAUAUAAAUAUAAUGUUUUUUUAUCGAUUUAUCAACCUUAUUAUAGAAAUUAGAGAAUAAUUAUUUGAACACAUGUAAAGAAAUUUAUUGAAAAAAAUAUAUAUAUGCAAUGACACCUCAGUUGGAAUUUAUGCCAUAUAACAGAACAUAUUUUUUUACUGUUUUGUAAAUUAAUACAAUUUUAAUAUUUAUACUAAAGAAAAUAAUAAACCAUGUAUUAAGAAUAAGUAAUUUAUCGCAUAAUAUACAAAAUAAUGUGAAUCAUGUACAAGUCUUUUUCACGUUUCCAAGUACCUUACAACAACAAAAAUAAUAUUGAAAGUUGAAAAAUUUAAUUUAAUUUACUUAUUGUACGAAAUGGGAUUUGUAAUCAUUAUUUGACAAUAAAGGGCAAGUAUUAGAUACUAUGUUAAAUUAACAAAGUUAGUAGUACAAAAAUAAUUACUCAAAUUUACCCACCAAAAAAUAUUUGAACUCGGAAAAGACUUGUUAAAAAUAUCUAUGAAAUUUAUUCAUAUUAUCACACAUUAAUUUGUAUAAAGUUUAUUUAAUUUUUUUUACCUAAAUUAUAUAUUUUUUUUACAGGUAUCCAAUGUGUUUAUAUUUUUUAGAUCUUUUACAGCAUGAACCAUUCAGAAAAGAAAUAGCUACUGCAAUUUGUUCAAAAUUCAUUGAUGAACAAUUGUUAUUGAUAUGGCAACAUUAUACUAGACGACGAACAAAAUUGAUUCAUACAGCCUAUGAGCACAAUAUGAACAUGAUGAAUAAAACUAAUACAUCUAAUAUGGGACAAGCACAAACUAAUGGCACAAAUGGUAUCAUGUCAUCCUCUAUGUCUAUUCCCAAAGUUAUGCCUCCUUAGUAGUAAAUUGUUUGAUUUUUAUCUUGUUACAUGUAAUUAAUUAUAAUACCUAUGUAUGUAUAAAUGUUUAUUAGAUAUUUCCAUAAAAUAAUGUAAAUAAUACUAAUAAAGUUUACAAUUUUUUUUUAACUAAGAAUUAAAUAAGGUUUUAAUAAUUAUUUACAUAAACUAAUUUUCACAUUGUCUAAUUUGAUUUUUAAAUAAAUUACAACUUAAAAUACUUAUAAUAUAUCAAGUAGUAUUGUACAAAAAAAUUAAUAUAUAAUAUAUAUUUAAAUAUCAGAAGUAUUUCUUUUUGUUCAACUUUAUGACUUUUUUAAGAUAC